CCUGCAGCUUCAAGCCAUCUCGCCGCACGAAUUCAGCCAUGAAAAUCAAAGCGCUUUCGCGAUCCAGCUCAUCGCAGCAGCUGCCUGGCACAGGCGUCUCACGAACGCCCCGCAAUCUCAACCCAGAGCUGCAUCCUUUUGAGAGAGCACGAGAAUAUACGAGAGCACUCACAGCGACGAAGCUCGAGCGCAUGUUCGCUGCACCGUUCAUUGCACAACUCGGCAAUGGACAUGUGGAUGGAGUAUACAGCAUCGCGAAGGAUCCCAGUUCGCUCGACCGGUUCGCCAGUGGAAGUGGUGACGGCGUGGUAAAAGUGUGGGAUCUCCCGACGCGAAAUGAGACGUGGCAAGCGCAAGCGCAUGAGAACAUAGUCAAAGGAAUAUGUUGGACCAGAGACAAGAAGUUGCUGUCUUGUGGAAGCGACAAGACAGUGAAGCUAUUCGAUCCCUACAACACAGACUCGAACACAGCUCCUGUGGGGACAUACCUUGGACAAGGAGCAUUCAAUGCUAUAACGCACCACCGCCACCAGCCUGCGUUUGCUGCAGCGAGCUCGGUCAUCUCGAUCUACGACACUAGUAGACCAUCUUCUUCUCCGUCGCAGACAUUGGAAUGGCCAACCACUGUCGACACCAUCCGGACAGUCUCCUUCAACCAAACGGAAACCUCCAUCCUGGCCUCUGCCGGAACCGACCGAUCAGUGAUCAUGUACGAUCUCCGAACCAACUCUCCCAUUCACAGGACAGUCCUGAACCUAGCGUCCAACGCAAUAUCGUGGAAUCCCAUGGAAGCCUUUAACUUUGCUUGCGCCAACGAGGACCACAACGUCUACAUAUUCGACAUGCGAAACAUGAAGCGAGCUUUGAACGUGCUACGCGAUCACGUUGCUGCAGUCAUGGAUGUGGAGUUUAGCCCGACGGGAGAGGAAUUGGUGAGCGCAUCGUACGACCGCACGAUCAGACUGUGGGAUCGACGGAAGGGUCACUCGAGGGAUAUUUAUCACACGAAGCGGAUGCAGCGUGUGUUCUCUUGUGCCUUUACGCCAGACAGCAACUACGUCCUCUCUGGAUCCGACGACGGGAAUGUGCGUCUGUGGAGAGCGCGCGCGUCGUCGCGCCAGGGUGUCAAGUCGUUUAGAGAGAAGCAGAAGCUCGAGUACGACGACGCGCUCAAGGCGCGAUAUGCCCACAUGCCGGAGAUACGCAGGAUAGCGCGGCACAGACAUCAACCCAAGACGGUCAAGAAGGCGGGCGAGAUCAAGGCGGAGGAGAUUGCUGCGAUCAAGCGGCGCGAGGAGAAUGAGAGGAAGCAUUCGAAGAAAGGGCUGCGGAAGCGACGGGCGGAGAGGGAGAAGAUGGUCCUCGCGGACGAGGAUUAGGGGUAGCGGUGUUCUCUCUUCUUGCGUCUUGUGUCUCUUGUAGCAUAGCAUAGCCACGGCGUUCAAAAGGUGGUCAGAUGCAUUGUUGGCGCUGGGAUAUGUAGUUGUUUUUGGUGAAGUUGCACAGACAGGACAAUAUGUUACCCGGGAUGAGAUGGAUACUCGUAGACUGCAAUCAAUUCCUUGCCGC